AGCGCGGCGGUCGCUUGAUGUGCGUUCGCCACAUGCUAACAGCUGGUGGAACGUUUUGGAAACGUAUUUUCUCCUGCCACGUUUUUAUGAUUCUAUGCAGCACUGGAAUCACCUUGUUGAUGGUCUCCGCAUCCACGUAAACGGAUAAAGUGAAGCUCGGCGGCUUUUUUCAGUCCACGCUUGAGUUAAAGUUCGCUGUUAGCUUCCAGCUAAGUAGAAAAGCGUCACCAUGGCGGAUGUUACUGCUCGCAGCCUGCAGUAUGAAUACAAAGCGAACUCAAACUUGGUGCUGCAAGCUGAUCGCUCUUUGAUCGACCGCACACGAAGAGAUGAACCCACAGGAGAGGUGCUGUCCCUGGUGGGGAAGUUGGAAGGGACCAAAAUGGGAGACAAAGCUCAGAGGACCAAACCCCAGAAGCUUGAAGAACGACGGGACAAGAGAAGAAAGCGAGAUGAGGACAGACACGAUAUCAACAAAAUGAAAGGUUUUACACUUCUGUCUGAAGGCAUUGAUGAUAUGGUGGGCAUCGUGUACAAACCAAAAACCAAAGAAACCAGAGAAACCUAUGAAGUGCUGCUCAGCUUCAUUCAUGCAGCUUUGGGAGAUCAGCCACGUGAUAUUCUGUGUGGAGCAGCUGAUGAAGUUUUGGCAGUGCUGAAAAAUGAUAAAAUAAGAGAUAAGGAACGGCGACGAGAAGUAGAGCAGCUUCUUGGACCCAGUGAAGACACGCGCUACCAUGUCCUGGUCAAUCUGGGAAAGAAAAUCACUGACUAUGGCGGGGAUAAAGAUUUACAGAAUAUGGAUGACAAUAUCGAUGAAACGUACGGUGUGAAUGUUCAGUUUGAAUCUGAUGAAGAGGAGGGGGAUGAAGAUCAGUUUGGGGAGGUACGAGAGGAACACUCAGAUGAAGAGAGCGAAGGAGUUGAGGCAGACGUGGGCUCCACUCUUUCUGCCAAUCUUGGGGCCACGGGUGACGUAAUGACUGUGAAGAAAAAGGACCUCCAUCCUCGAGAUAUUGAUGCCUUUUGGCUCCAACGUCAGCUCAGCCGUUUCUAUGACGAUGCAAUUGUCUCCCAGAAGAAGGCAGACGAGGUCUUAGAAAUCCUCAAGACUGCGAGCGAUGACAGGGAAUGUGAGAACCAGCUGGUGUUAUUGUUGGGGUUCAACACCUUUGACUUCAUUAAAAUUCUUCGGCAGCAUCGGCGCAUGAUUCAAUAUUGCACCAUGCUGGCGAGCGCCCAGAGUGAGGCAGAAAAAGAACGCAUCAUAGGAAAGAUGGAGUCUGAUCAGGAACUUUCAAAGAUUCUUUACCAGCUGCAGGAGACUGAGAAGGAGGAUAUAAUUCGAGAGGAGCGUUCGCGCAGAGAGAGAGUGAGGAAGUCUCGUGUGGACAACGACUUGGAAUCAAUGGACAUUGACCAUGGAGAGUCAAUGGCUCCCCGACAGUUGCUUGACCUUGAAGAUCUGGCUUUCACCCAGGGAAGCCAUUUCAUGGCUAACAAGCGGUGCCAGCUGCCUGAUGGUUCUUUCCGUAAGCAGCGCAAAGGCUAUGAAGAAGUCCAUGUGCCUGCUCUUAAACCCAAACCCUUUGGUGAAGAUGAGGUGCUUGUAUCUAUUGACAAGCUGCCCAAGUAUGCCCAGGCGGGUUUUGAGGGAUUCAAAACCUUAAACCGCAUACAGAGCAAACUGUUUAAAACAACCAUGGAUACAGAUGAGAACCUGCUGGUGUGCGCGCCUACGGGAGCUGGUAAGACUAAUGUUGCCCUGAUGGCAAUGCUGAGGGAAAUUGGAAAGCACAUAAACCUGGAUGGAACCAUUAAUGUGGACGACUUCAAAAUCAUCUACAUUGCACCCAUGCGCUCUCUCGUACAGGAGAUGGUGGGCAGCUUCAGCAAGCGUUUGUCAAGUUACGGCAUCACAGUAUCGGAGCUGACAGGAGAUCACCAGCUCUGUAAAGAGGAGAUCAACGCCACUCAAAUUAUUGUAUGCACCCCGGAAAAAUGGGAUAUUAUCACACGCAAAGGUGGAGAGCGCACGUACACCCAGCUAGUGCGGCUCAUUAUUGUUGAUGAAAUCCACUUGUUGCAUGAUGACCGGGGGCCUGUUUUGGAAUCUCUGGUGGCGAGGACCAUCCGCAAUGUGGAGCUGACGCAGGAGGACGUCCGCCUGAUCGGCCUCAGUGCCACGCUGCCCAAUUAUGAGGACGUGGCCACCUGCCUCCGCGUCGAUCCUGCCAAGGGUCUCUUCUACUUUGACAACAGCUUCCGUCCAGUGCCACUGGAGCAGACUUACGUUGGCAUCACAGAAAAGAAGGCCAUCAAGCGUUUCCAGAUCAUGAAUGAGAUCGUCUAUGAAAAGAUAAUGGAGCACGCUGGGAAGAACCAGGUGCUGGUGUUUGUGCACUCUCGGAAGGAGACAGGAAAAACUGCCAGAGCCAUCAGGGACAUGUGUUUGGAGAAGGACACUCUGGGCCUUUUUCUGAGAGAAGGGUCAGCUUCUACUGAAGUUUUGAGAACUGAGGCAGAGCAGUGCAAGAAUCUGGAGCUGAAGGACCUGCUGCCUUAUGGAUUUGCUAUCCACCAUGCUGGUAUGACCAGAGUGGACCGUACACUAGUGGAGGAUUUGUUCGCUGAUCGUCACAUCCAGGUUCUGGUGUCCACGGCAACUCUGGCUUGGGGUGUCAAUUUACCAGCACACACUGUCAUCAUCAAAGGUACCCAGGUGUACAGCCCCGAAAAAGGCAGGUGGACUGAACUUGGAGCCCUGGAUGUUUUACAGAUGCUUGGUCGAGCCGGUCGUCCUCAGUAUGACACUAAAGGGGAGGGAAUCCUCAUCACAUCGCAUGGGGAGCUGCAGUACUACCUGUCUCUGCUCAACCAGCAGCUGCCCAUAGAGAGCCAGAUGGUGGGGAAGCUGGCUGACAUGCUUAAUGCUGAGAUCGUAUUGGGCAAUGUGCAGAAUAUAAAGGAUGCAGUGAACUGGCUUGGCUACACCUACUUGUAUGUGCGCAUGCUCCGCAACCCCACGCUGUAUGGUGUGUCUCACGACGACCGCAGUUUGGAUCCCCUGCUGGAAAGGCGCAGGAUGGACCUUAUUCACACUGCAGCCAAUGUCCUGGACAAGAACAGUCUGAUCAAAUAUGACAAAAGGAGUGGCAGUUUCCAGGUCACAGAUCUGGGACGCAUUGCCAGUCACUUCUACAUCACCCAUGACUCAAUCCAGACCUACAACCAGCUACUGAAGCCCACCCUCAGUGAGAUUGAACUUUUCCGUGUCUUUUCACUCUCUUCAGAGUUUAGGAACAUCACUGUUAGAGAGGAGGAGAAGCUGGAGCUUCAGAAGCUGCUGGAAAGAGUUCCUAUUCCAGUGAAGGAAAGCAUUGAGGAGCCUAGUGCUAAGAUCAAUGUGCUGCUGCAGGCAUUCAUAUCUCAACUGAAACUGGAAGGCUUUGCUCUCAUGGCUGACAUGGUGUAUGUUACACAGAGUGCUGGAAGAUUAAUGCGAGCAAUAUUUGAGAUUGUACUAAACCGUGGCUGGGCUCAGCUCACAGACAAGACCAUGAAUCUUUGCAAGAUGAUUGACAAGAGAAUGUGGCAGUCGAUGUCUCCUUUACGACAGUUCAAGAAACUGCCAGAGGAAGUGAUCAAGAAGAUUGAGAAGAAAAACUUCCCAUUUGAGCGUCUCUAUGACCUCAACCACAAUGAAAUUGGUGAGCUGAUUCGAAUGCCAAAGAUGGGAAAGACAAUCCACAAAUAUUUGCACCAGUUCCCAAAGCUGGACCUUGCUGUUCAUCUGCAACCCAUCACUCGCUCCACAUUAAAAGUGGAGCUCACCAUCACUCCUGAUUUCCAGUGGGAUGACAAGAUCCAUGGAUCAUCUGAGGCUUUCUGGAUUCUGGUUGAGGAUGUGGACAGUGAAGUCAUCCUCCAUCAUGAGUACUUCCUGCUUAAAGCCAAGUACGCCCAGGAUGAACACCUUGUCACUUUUUUUGUCCCAGUAUUUGAACCUCUGCCGCCACAGUACUUCAUCCGUGUGGUGUCAGACCGCUGGCUCUCCUGUGAGACUCAGCUUCCAGUGUCCUUCCGUCACCUGAUCCUACCAGAGAAGUACCCGCCUCCUACUGAACUACUGGACCUUCAGCCUCUGCCUGUCACAGCUCUCAGAAACUCUGCAUUUGAGGCUCUCUACCAGAACAGGUUCCCCUUCUUCAACCCCAUUCAGACACAAGUGUUCAAUGCGGUGUACAAUAGUGAUGAUAACGUCUUUGUGGGAGCUCCCACCGGCAGUGGAAAGACCAUCUGUGCUGAGUUUGCUAUAUUGAGGAUGCUGCUGCAUAAUGCAGAAGGCCGCUGUGUCUACAUCACCCCUAUGGAGGCUUUGGCUGAGCAGGUGUUUGUUGACUGGCAUCAAAAGUUCCAGGAUAUCUUGAAUAAAAAGGUGGUGCUGCUGACAGGAGAAACCAGCACGGAUCUGAAGCUCCUGGGAAAAGGUGACAUCAUUAUCAGCACCCCAGACAAAUGGGACAUUCUGUCUCGUCGCUGGAAGCAAAGGAAGAACGUGCAGAACGUCAGCCUGUUCAUCGUGGAUGAAGCACACCUUAUUGGAGGAGAGAAUGGACCUGUGCUGGAGGUCAUCUGUUCCAGGAUGAGGUACAUCUCCUCUCAGAUCGAGCGACCCAUCCGCAUUGUGGCCCUCAGCUCUUCUUUGUCUAACGCCAAAGACGUCGCCCACUGGCUCGGUUGCAGCACCACGGCCACGUUCAACUUCCACCCCAAUGUCAGACCCGUGCCUCUGGAGUUGCAUAUCCAGGGCUUUAAUGUGAGUCACACACAGACCCGCCUGCUGUCCAUGGCUAAGCCAGUAUAUCACGCCAUUAUGAAACACUCUCCCUCCAAACCAGCCAUAGUGUUUGUCCCGUCACGCAGGCAGACCCGCCUCACAGCCAUCGACAUCCUCACCUUCUGUGCUGCUGAUGUGGUCCCACAGAGGUUCUUGCAUUGCACAGAGAGAGACCUUGCGCCAUUUCUGGAUAAAAUAUUUGAUUUAACCCUGAAAGAGACCCUUGCUAAUGGCGUGGGCUACCUGCAUGAGGGCCUUUCUGUGACUGAACGUAAGAUUGUGGAGCAGCUCUUUAACUCAGGUGCUGUUCAGGUGGUUGUGUCCUCUCGUUCUCUCUGCUGGGGAAUAAAUAUCUUUGCACACCUUGUCAUUGUCAUGGACACACAGUACUACAAUGGAAAAAUCCAUGCCUAUGUGGAUUAUCCCAUAUACGACGUUCUGCAGAUGGUGGGCAAAGCAAACAGACCUAUGCUGGAUGAUGAGGGACGCUGUGUCAUCAUGUGUCAGGGGUCCAAGAAGGACUUCUUUAAAAAGUUCCUGUAUGAGCCUUUGCCGGUGGAGUCUCACUUGGAUCACUGUCUCCAUGAUCAUUUCAAUGCUGAAAUUGUCACCAAGACAGUGGAGAACAAGCAGGACGCUGUGGAUUACCUGACAUGGACGUUCCUCUACCGCCGUAUGACCCAGAACCCCAACUACUACAACCUGCAAGGAAUGUCCCAUCGUCACCUGUCGGACCACCUGUCCGAGCUGGUCGAAAACACGCUGCAUGACCUGGAACAGUCCAAGUGUAUCAGCAUAGAGGACGAAAUGGAUGUCGCUCCCCUGAAUCUGGGCAUGAUCGCUGCUUACUACUACAUCAACUAUACCACUAUCGAGUUGUUCAGCAUGUCCCUGAAUGCCAAGACCAAGAUCCGCGGCUUAAUUGAGAUCAUUUCCAAUGCUGCUGAGUACAAGAACAUUCCCAUCAGGCACCACGAGGACACACUUCUCCGCCAGUUGGCACAGAAAGUUCCCCACAAACUAAACAACCCAAAGUUCAACGAUCCUCACGUGAAGACGAACCUGCUGCUGCAGGCCCACCUCUCCAGGAUGCAGCUGAGUGCUGAGCUGCAGUCUGAUACAGAGGACAUCCUGAGCAAGGCGAUUCGUCUGAUCCAGGCCUGUGUUGAUGUGCUGUCCAGUAACGGUUGGCUGAGUCCUGCCUUGGCAGCUAUGGAGUUGGCCCAAAUGGUCACCCAGGCCAUGUGGUCCAAAGACUCGUACCUCAAACAGCUGCCCUUCUUUUCCUCAGAGCACAUCAAACGCUGCACAGAAAAGGGUGUGGAGAGCAUCUUUGACAUCAUGGAGAUGGAGGAUGAAGACAGAACUGCAUUGCUGCAGCUCUCAGAUGCUCAGAUGGCCGAUGUGGCUCGUUUCUGUAAUCGCUACCCCAACAUCGAACUAUCAUAUGAAGUGGCAGAAAAGGACAACGUCAAGAGUGGGAGUUCAGUUCUGGUUCAGGUUCAGUUGGAGCGAGAGGAGGAGGUGACUGGGCCUGUUAUUGCACCCCUCUUUCCACAGAAACGUGAGGAGGGUUGGUGGGUGGUGAUCGGAGACCCCAAGUCCAACAGUCUGAUCUCCAUCAAGAGGCUGACUCUUCAACAGAAAGCAAAGGUCAAGCUGGACUUUGUUGCCCCGGCAAUGGGUCUUCAUCACUACACUCUGUACUUCAUGAGUGACGCUUACAUGGGCUGUGACCAGGAGUAUAAAUUCAGUGUGGAUGUAAAGGAGGCAGACAGUGGCGACAGCGACUCAGACUAAUUACACACACACGCAGAGCGCACGUGACGAGAGAACUGUAAAUGUUUUUUAAGCUGUAGAUAAACUGUGAUUACUUUCCCUACUCAUGUAACAUCUGUGUUUUACUGCAUACAGUCUUCAGGAACUGGACGUGUUCAAGUUCAGAAUCCGUCUGAUUAAGUCAGUUUACCCACACUGCAAACUCUGAUUCAUGUUGUCACAUCUCUAUUUGUGAUUUUGACUGUCAUGAAUUUUUUAUUUUAUUAAAUCCCUGGAGGGUUGGACUUCAUGAUCUUCAUGUAGCUCCACAAAC